AUGAACCAUGCGCCUAUGAAGAAAAAACCUGUCAAGAAGAAACCUGCCAAGAAGAUUGUGAAGAAACCUGCCACUUCCCUGGCAGUCCCACAUACACAGGGGCGAAGCGAAUUUGCUCCAAGUGCCUACAGUGCUUCAAGGGAGAAACCCUUGGGUGGUGUGGUCGCAACGGAUUGCCGUGGAGCACAUGCUGGAAUUCCAGGCUCUGUGAAUUUGCAACCAUUGUGGCUUGAUGCCAUGAAGGAGACUUAUGGGGAGCACGUUUCCAGAUGGUCAGAUUAUGUGAGCGACAAGUCGAACUGUUGGCACUUGAUUAAGACACUGCACGACAAGUAUGAUGCAAAUAACGAAGAGGAGGACGAGAAGACCAACAUUAUUGCUUUCUUGCCCACCAUGAAGUUGCCCGUUGAAGUGCAACCACCGGACAAAAUGCUCUGUGAGCACCCCUUCGACGCCUACAUUUUGGCUCGUGGGGCAGAUGCUCGUAAGACAGUGCAGUUCUUCGUGGCCGGUGUUUGCGCUGAGUGCGGCGGGAACACGGAUGGGGAGAGUAGGUUCAAGAUUGGAGAGGCCGGGCUUAUCACCAUCUUCACGGAGUAUCAGGAUGACUUGAGGGAGGCGGUGGAGGACUUGCAGAAACGCGAGUUCAACUACACCGAGGCUACAAAACUGACUUUGAAAGGACAUGGUAACACAGAGAAGGCUGCCAAAUACGAUGUCAUCACCAAAAGCACUAUCAGUGAUGAAGUGCAGAAGGUGGCAAACUUGGCUGAUGUGAAGGUUUCUUUUAGACAUGCGCCCGAUUGGCUUGAUGAUGCCAACACACCCAAGUACAUGAAAGUGAGCGUGGCAGGAGUAGUGCAUUUCUUCAAUCUUAGAGUGCGGGCAUGUCGGCUUCUCAAACACAAGCAUUUAGGCUCUCUACCAAAUCGUAGAGAACAGGACCACAUGAGCGACUCACAAGAGUUGAGCGAUACAGAGGUGGAACAUUUGGCGGCAGAGCCCUUAGCGUGGAAAGUGUCUCGUGAGCCACCUGCCAAGUUGCCAAAGGCGGAUUUGUACCGCGCACCAGAUGCACAAGAGGUGCUGGAGAUUGCGCACACCCGAAAUCUCUACAAGUCCAACCUUUUCCGACUGCAGUUGGAGGAGCUGGUGAAGGAACUGGUUCCAAAGAAAGUGCCAGCUGUCGAGGCGGCACUCCACAGCCUGAAGCCGUUGCUACUGGGAAAGGUGAAAGCACGCGAGAUCCCAGCAGACAUGGCUGCUGAGUUUCCGCAACUGUUCUUCCAACAGCGCAGUGUGACUGAGCAACCGAUGAAAUUUCUGCCUCCAAAAAGGCUGGAUAUCGUUGGUAGCUUUUUGCUGGGAACCUACAGCAAAACAGAUUUCUCGGUGGAUGUGGCAGUGGAGAUGCCUUCAGAGAUCUUCAGAUCAAAGGACUAUCUGAACUUCCGGUACCACGACAAGCGCACAGCAUACGUUGGAGAGCUCCAUCGACAGCUGUCGCACAUACUGGAAGGUAGCGACGCCUUAUCCCAUCUUCGCGUGGAUUUUGAGGCCUUUCAGGGAGAUCCUUACAGGCCAUGUUUGGUGCUGAGACCUGAGGUAGCCAGGUGGGCGAUCCGUUUGUUGCCCACCUAUCCGGCAGAUGUAUGGCCGAGCCGCAUGCUUGCGGCAGACCGGAAUGCAGUAAGACCAGCUGAGGGAGGAGGUGACCAUUUGCCGACGCCAAUAUACAACAACACCGUGCUGGAAGAUGCACGGAUGAGAGAGCAUCUAGAGAUGUUGCAUGCCGCUGUUGAGCGCUUCUCCUUUUUGAGGGAUGCGAUUCGCCUGCUGAAGAGGUGGGCGUCAUCCUGUGGAUUCAUUUCUGUUUCAGCAGAUCGCGUGAUCUCCACACCGCUGAAUGGCUUCAUGCUUUCGAUGCUCGCUGCACAUGCAGCUAUUACUGGUGGUGUGGCGCCUGCGCAGACGACAUCGUUUCAACUUUUUAAGUUAGCAUUAAGCGUGCUCUCAACUACGCAGUGGGAGAGCCAGAAGGUCACCUUCGGAGUUUCUGGCUCCGCAGCACUUUCCAGCUCUGAGCGGGUUGGAAGUGCGCAUUUCUAUGACAGCGCAGGCGUAGUGAACUUCUUCGGACGUCUAGGGCCAGCCAUCGAGGAGCUUCGAUGGGAGGCGCAGCGAGCGCUUUCUGCCCUGGAUCAGAAGGCUGAACCCUUCGAGGCAGUCUUUGGCAGAGAUGUUUCCCCUGAAGUGGCAUGGGAUUUGGUUCUGCGAACUGUGGAGCUGCCCGCGAAUGCCAUGUGUCCCGAUGUCAGGAGUGCCUCAAGCGUGGCAAGCAGUUCAGGUCCAGUGGAUGCACCAGAGGCAAUGGCCUUGGCACAACAACUGCGUUCCACUAUGUUGGCCGGCCUUGGAGAUCGCUGUGUGCGAUGCUCAUUGCGACUGUUGUCGCGGCGGCAGCAGUGGAGCACCGAUGAGAAGCCUGUGGGACCUGCAGUGAUGCUGGGCAUGAUUCUUGCGCCUGAACAUCUCGAACGAGUCAUUGAUCGCGGUCCUAGCGCCCAGCAGGAGGAGGCUUCAAAGCAUUUCCGGGAGCUUUGGGGCCCUGACAAAGCUGAACUGAGACGCUUCAAGGACGGAAGCAUCCUCGAGUGCGUGGUUUGGAAGAAGCCAGAGAGGAGGACUGUGGAGUCACGCAAAGAGCCGGCAGUAGUGACACAAAUUGUGCACCAUUUGCUGUCUCGACACAUUCGAGUUCAAACAGAGGUUAUUUCUGGGCCAAUUGGCUUCGUUGAAAAUCUGGGGGAACAGGAGCGACGGCUCUGGAUCACCUUUGACACCUUUCGCACGCACCUUUGCCAGCUGAGUUCCUUACCAUUGGCCAUCAAGGACAUCCAUCCUGCUGAAUCUGCUUUCAGCUACAUGGCAACAGACACGACGUAUGCGCCAAGCUCAGCCAGCCACGCUGGUGGACCACGUCCUCUUCAUGAGACUGUCUUGGAGUUUGAGUCCUCCGGGCGCUGGCCAGAUGAGACGGCUGCAGCGCGGAAAGUUGCAGCAGCGCUUCUGUUGCAGAUUCGCGAUGAGAUUGCUUCUGACUUGGGCAUCGAGUCAGAUGCAACUGAAGAUUUUCUGGAUGUGCGAUAUCCCGAUGUUGUUUUCCGACUUCGGAUCUUCCAUCCUCAUGAGAUGUCAGAGGUGGCGCAGAAGGUCACGAAUCCCCAGGCACCCGCCCUAAAUGCAGCGGUGCCAGAUGAGGCACUUGCAAGGCUGCGCAGCCUGUGGUGGCGGCCGAGGAUCUAUGGAGCAUUGCAUGCUCUUGCGCUACAGCAUCCGGCGCUGGCUGGAGCGACACGACUCUUCAAGCGAUGGAUGUCCUCACAGAUGCUCUCCGGAUACGAGGAGUUUGCGGAGCAUUUGGUGGCGUUUGUCUUCCUGCAUCCUGAACCUUACGAUGUACCUAGCAGUGCACACAUUGGAUUUUGCCGCACGCUUUUGCUGCUGCAGUCCUUUGAUUGGCAUCGGGAAGCUCUCCUGGUGGACAUCGAUGGCAAGAUCAAGGAGGAGGAGCGCUUGGCAUUGCGACAAGCCUUUGAGAAGCAUCUCAGCACCUUGGGCGCCAAAGUCUCGCGACUUUGCCGCUUUUGGGUGUCCACGCGCUUCGAUCCUCAUGGGAUGUUGAUCGUAUCCCCUGGCGCAACUCUUUGUGCUUGGCUACGGCAACGGGCCCUGGUGGCCUUGCAGUUCUGCCGCAAACGAAUGCUAGGUCUUGAAACAAAUUGGCGGGGUGUUUUCCAGUUGGACACCGCUGCAGUUGACGUGAUCCUGCAACUUUUGCCCCAGCAGGAGCAAAGCAAAGAUCAGGUCAAGGGACCGAAAGCAGCAGAAGUCUCACAGGAGGCAGCAGAAGAACUGGUACGAGGACUUCAGCAGAAGCUAUCCAGCUUAUGUCUUGUUUUAUACGACCGCCAGCGGCGCUUGCUGGCUUUGAAGUGGCGUCCCAACGCUUUCCUCCCACAGCCACAGACGGUGUUGAUGGGUUCUGCUCCGCACACUGUGAUCACGAGAGGUGAUGAGGCGCCGUUGUGUGUCCCCAAUGUGUUGUGUAUCUUGUCGCAAGUCUCGGCGCUGGCAGAGGGGCUGGCGCUUGAUUUGGAGAUGAAGGCCAGUUAG